AUGCGAGCGUGGGUCUUAGUCUGCGCGGUGCUCUGGCACCUCGUGGGAGUUGGAUGGCAGCGUUUUUCUGAAUUCACCGAGAAAGGCUUCGUGUAUGGCAAGCCAGGACACACAGUGAAGAUAUAUGUAGAAUUACACCACAAUAGCCCAUUCCUUGUCUGUAUGGAUAUACAACUUGCUAAUAAAGAAACAGUGGACCCCACCUACUUUUGGAUUGGGCCUGAUGAAAAGAUAUUAACAGGAAAUUAUCGAAUAAAUAUAACAGAAACAGGAAAGCUGCUGGUGAAAGAUUUUCUGGAGUCUUCAUCUGGACUUUACACAUGUACUCUUUCUUAUAAGAUUGUCAACGCACAAACCCAAAAAGAAAAGAUGGUAAAGCUUAGCUAUGACUUUAUGAUGUUUGCCUAUCGGGAACCUGAUUAUUCCUAUCAGAUAGCUGUACGUUUUACCACAAAAUCUUGUGUAGGAAAAUAUAAUGAACUGCUUUUUACAGUGCUGAAGAAAAUCUUGGAUAAUUUAAUCUCUGACUUGUCAUGCCGUAUCAUAGAACCAUCGUAUAAAUGCCAUUUUGUCAAACUUCCAAAUCAUGGCCUCAUACCUGAGCUAUUUAUAGCCUUUCAAGUUACUCCUUUUGCACCAAAAGCAUGCAAUGAUUCUGUUGGCUGUGAAGAUAUCACUAAUCAUAAUGUCCUCCAGGCAAGAGAUCGAACAGCAGAAUUUUUCCGGAGCCAAGCAUAUAUUUUCUACCAUGACUAUAAUAAAUCUCUACCAGCUAUGCAUUUUAUAGACCACAGUUUUCAAAUGGCACGUAUGGAUAGCUGUCGUCCAGGCUUUGGGAAAAAUGAAGGUCUACAUGAUAAUUGUGCUACCUGUUGCGUGGUUUGUAGUCCUGGAACUUUUAAUCCUGAUGCUGGUGUUACUUGUCAGAUCUGCACUUCCAUCCUUACCUAUGGAGCAAAAGCUUGCCCUUAA